AACGCUGACUUGCUUCUUCUCUUGCAUGGCCCCUGAUUAAGGUUGGGUUCGAUCGCAUAUGAAAUUAGAUCGAGACACCGAUUGUGAGUCUCAGAAUACUACCUAGCUUCAUCUGGCUGGACUCCAUCAAUCCAUUCAUUCAUUCAUUCAUCCAUCCAUCCAUUCAUUCAUUCAAGUGUAGACCGUGAGAUAGGGCUUUUUAGUUUCGACCGCUCGCUAACAUCGCCCACUUAUUAUUAGCAGAGAAGCCUUGGUCGCCCGGUAGUGGGUCGCCCGCCUCCCACCCAUUCGUUCACUCAUUCAUCCAUACUUCAUUCCAUCGGCGUGUGCCAUGGCCAUCACUCAAGAUGAAAUCGUAAGUAACGCUCAAACCGUGACCAAAGGCCUGGAGGCUCUUCGCCUGGAGCACCAAUCUAUGUUGGGCGGAAUCCGAGCUGGUAAACGACAAGAUACAUGCCGGACCGACGACGGACACGCCUCUGAAGAUGCCAAUCACCCUGCUCUGUUUGCAAGAGAACCCCCGGGUUCAGAUCUUGUGCAUGAGGACCCUGUUUUGGCUGAGAAAUGUGCCUUAAUCGAAAAGAGCCUCGCUAUGAUCGAUCUGGGUCUGGAUGAGGCCCAUGUUAUGUCAGCCUUAGCAGGCCAUUUGCAGACGGUUGAGGCUGAGAAACAGAAACUCCGGUCCCAAGUGAAAAGACUCUGUCAAGAGAAUGCUUGGCUUCGAGACGAAUUAGCCACCACCCAACAGAAGCUCCAGUCAUCCGAACAAAUUGCCGCCCAAUUGGAAGAGGAAAAGAAGCAUCUUGAAUUUAUGAAUUCCAUGAAAAAGUACGAGACAGCAGAGGCUGGAGGAGCGGGAGCAGGAGGAGGAAAUUUAGCAACUCCGGGAAAUAGUGGAGGAGGAGACGAGACGGGCACCUCUACCAUAAUGGGUAGUAGCCACACGAGUGCUUGUGGUACGGGCUCUUCAAUCGGCGGCGAGAUGACUCCCCUAUCCACAAAAGACGAUCUGUUCGGAGGAACCGAGGACAAUGAUGACGACACCGCAGGUCGAAGUUCACCGAUGCCCCAGUCUCAAUACGCCCAACAAGCUAAUGCCGGAUACGAAAUUCCGGCACGAUUGCGUACACUUCACAAUUUGGUGAUUCAAUAUGCUUCCCAAGGGAGAUAUGAAGUGGCUGUUCCACUAUGCAAGCAAGCCCUUGAAGAUUUAGAAAAGACGUCUGGACACGACCAUCCAGAUGUAGCCACAAUGUUGAACAUCCUCGCUCUUGUAUAUCGGGAUCAAAAUAAGUACAAGGAAGCUGCAAACCUCUUGAAUGAUGCUCUCACUAUACGGGAGAAAACACUGGGUGAAAACCAUCCAGCUGUUGCUGCCACUUUGAACAAUUUGGCGGUAUUGUACGGAAAGCGGGGUAAAUACAAAGACGCAGAGCCAUUAUGUAAACGAGCUCUAGAAAUUCGUGAAAAAGUGCUUGGUAGUGACCACCCAGACGUUGCCAAACAACUCAAUAAUUUGGCGCUACUCUGUCAAAACCAGGGCAAAUAUGAAGAGGUCGAAAAGUAUUAUCAAAGAGCUUUGAACAUAUACGAGUCUAAACUUGGUCCAGAUGAUCCAAACGUGGCAAAAACGAAGAAUAAUCUGGCUUCAGCUUAUUUGAAGCAAGGAAAAUACAAGGAAGCCGAAACUUUGUACAAAGAAGUACUGACAAGAGCACAUGAGCGAGAAUUUGGCAUGAUCAGCGAUCAAAACAAACCCAUUUGGCAAGUUGCUGAGGAAAGAGAGGAGAACAAGAACAACCUCGAGGACGUUCCUUACGGAGAGUAUGGCGGAUGGCAUAAAGCAGCAAAAGUAGAUUCCCCUACCGUGACGACAACGCUAAAAAAUCUCGGUGCAUUGUAUAGACGCCAAGGGAAAUACGAAGCUGCUGAAACGUUGGAAGAUUGCGCUCUCAGAUCAAGAAAGGAUGGCGGAAAUGAACCAAAAUCUGCUAACAAAAAGAACCCCCUUGAUUCUACCAAUAGAAGAAGUGGGCCGAGGGACCCGAAAAGAGGCUCCCGCGAUUCUUUGGAAGGUCAUACUGACCCAAUAGAUGAUGAGCAAUCCGGAAUUAAGACUAAAAUAUUCCACGCUCUUGGACUGAACUCGUAAUCCAGCUUGUUUUUUCAGUUUAUUCUCAAGAGAGAUGUUCACAGCUCUAACUGAAAGCGCGCCUGUGUUCAUCAACACUUCCCAAUCAGUCAUAUAUCUAUCUCUAUAUAUAUAUGUAUGAAAAAUUAUUUGCCAUUGACAAGGAAUGUUUCCAAGAACGAGAACAUUUAAAUUAUCAACUUCCAACAAGCCCUUUGUGUGAUUUAUUCAAAUGAUGCAAAACAAAAUUGUUUUCUGUAAUUAUAGCUUUUCCUUCCUUACCAAUUAUUACACCUUCAUACGAACAAUACAUACAUGUAUGCACUUAA